UGUCCUCAGCGAUGCAUAGCAAUCGGAAAGAGCAUUUGUACAAAAUCCUUGUCAUCGGUGAUUUGGGAGUAGGGAAGACCAGCAUCAUCAAACGGUAUGUGCAUCAGACGUACUCCACUAACUACAGAGCGACCAUCGGGGUGGAUUUUGCGCUCAAAGUUCUCAACUGGGACUCAGAGACGGUCCGCCUGCAGCUGUGGGACAUCGCAGGUCAGGAGCGGUUCGGGAACAUGACACGGGUUUAUUACCGAGAGGCCAUGGGGGCGUUCAUUGUUUUUGAUGUUUCCAGACCCACCACGUUUGAGGCUGUCUCCAAAUGGAAGGAGGAUCUGGACUCAAAAUUAAUACUUUCAAAUGGCCAGAGUAUCGCCACAGUGCUCCUGGCCAAUAAGUGCGACCAAAAUAGAGACUUUCUGACUAACAACAGCCUGAAGAUGGACCAGUACUGCAAGGAGAAUGGAUUUGUGGGCUGGUUUGAGACAUCUGCUAAGGAAAACAUCAACAUUAAUGAAGCUGCCAACUUCCUUGUGAAACACAUAAUUGCCAGUGAGAAUGAUAUCUUGAAAUCAGUGGUUCCAGAUACCAUCUCUCCUCAGCUCCACUCUAAUAAAGAAAUGACCUGUUCUGCAUGUUUCAAACCCUGAGAGAAGGUGGCAGCAAUCUAUGGCAGCAGUAUUGGUGGUCCUUGGACUGAAGAGGAUGACCUUCACACCAUCAUCCCUCUGAUUCCAGCACUAUGGUCAACCAUUGAUGAGCCGCAACCACCACAGAGAUCUGUCUGUUAGUUAAACUACAGACAAUUUGAGCUCGAACACAGAGUAAAUGUAUUUAUGUUUGAAGCUGCACUUUUCGUUUUUUGGUCUUUUUGUGUUAUUUAUGUCUAACAAAACCUGGGGAGUUCUGGACUGGCAUGCUUGACUGAACAAGGUGAGAGAUUAGAACUUCUUUCUGUCAGACACAGACAGCUGAUUAUGCUUUCAGAAACAGAAAUGUUCUAUCAGUAUGUACAUCAAAAUAUAGCUAUUAUUUCUGGUUCUGGUGGACUUUUAAUAACCCCAGUGUUAUAUGAAAAAUAAUAUUAUACUUUUUUUGACUGUCUUUAAUGUGCAACACCCAUGUCAAGACACUUUCAGAAGUGUUUUGCAUCUGCAUUUCAGCUAUAUUCCUGAUCUAAUGUCACUAAAAAUUUUAAAGAUACAUUGCGUUUGGGUCCAUUUUUUUUAAACACGAGGUUUGGGUUAUGCAUUUUUACUUUUGAAACAGAUGGUUACACUUAAGUUUCUUCACAAUCACAAACCAAGGUUUGCUACUUGCUAAUUGGUGGCAGGUAGUAUUAGUGGGAGGGGCAUAUUCACUCUAGAGAGCAUUUGAUUGGACAAAAAUCAGUGUAGUUCAUGAUGAGUCAUCAAUAUUUUGCUUUGGUUUACUCUUAAGAGACAGCAGUUCGUUUUAAAAACUUAAUUUAAUUUUUUAUUUAAUUUAACGUUAAUUUUGUGAAAGUUGCCAUGAACAUUCACCUAUUUCUAAAUGCAUGUUAUUGAUCUUAUGAACAAUUCAUCCAUGAAUAUGUUUCAAUUAAAUAUCCAGUCUGCCUUCAUCCAAUCAACACAACAACCAAUGGGCAGGGCAUUUAACCUCUAGAAUUAACACCAGUUUACUAUGAUAUUAUGUAGUAUUUAGCAUAUUGACAGUGUUAAAGGACUGUCAUGCUAAGAUAAAUACUUCUUUAUGGGCUUUUUGUGGUUUUAAUUUACAGGAUAUGAGCAUGCAUUCUGCAAUAACACGUAUUUAUAAUCAAGUUAAACAUCUCUUAAUUGUUUGCACAAAACAGAUUUCUCAAACUAGAUCUUUAAAAAGCGAGCUGCCAACCUCUUCCCUCAUCCGCUCUGUCUCCUUGAACAUCCUGGCCCUUCUUAUCUCCUUCCAUUUCAUCCCUUUUUUCACUCCUAUUUCACUCUCUUUGCAGUGAUUCACUGUAUGACUCAUUGAAAUUAUAUAAAUCUCCCAUGAUUCCCUACAUCACCAUGUGCUUUAUUCAAAUCCUUUAAUGAUCUACUGGCUUUCCAUAUCCAUCUGCACCUGCUGCAAACACUGAGUUUUUAUUCUCAUAUUAUUUGUCUGUGUGGGGGUUGUUGCAUUGGAUUGUAUUGUAUCGUUAAAUAUGUUUCCGUGAGCUAUUUCAUCAAGAUGUUGUCAAGGUAUAAAGAAACAC